CUGUGACCUAUUUUAAUUCGCGCCAGCUCGAACAACGUAAUUUUCGAUAAAUGCUGCAUAAAUGCAGAUGUAUUUAUGGGCACAUGUGGCGACGGAACUGACCCAUUUUCUCAUUUGAAAAAACUGCGUUGCUUCUGACUGGCGGGUGGACUUACUCUGUAGGCUCAAUGUUGUUGGUGUCAGUGUCAUAGUUUGGAUUUGAAUGUUCUUCAUUAUCGCCAAUCAUCUCAAACAGAAGCAGGACUUUCAUCGAGUCAACUGUUUUACUUCUAAAAAGAUGAAGUUCCUUGUGUCUAGGAUUACUCAUGCAUGGAGGAGUCAAAGACUGUCAGAUUAUGUGAAAUCUAAUGUUCCUCCACUGCAUGUUCUUACGUCUGCUAACAAAACUGCAAGAAACAUUUGUUCUACAUGUAGAAAGGUACAGAGUUGUCCUCCGACAGUUAAACAGCAACUUCAUCUAUCAUCAAGUGUAGUACAGCCAGCACCUGUUGACACAACAUCUCCAGAACUAGACCAUCAACCAAGCACAGCAUGGAUGGACGAAGCAACAUUGUAUGUUCAUUGGCCUUACUGUCAGCGUCGUUGCACCUAUUGUAACUUUAACAAGUACAUUGAUAGCAAUGUGGAUCAUACCAAGAUGCAACAGUGUCUUGUACGGGAGGUACAGACGUUAAUUGAUAUGAGUGGCAUCAAACGCAUCAAGUCAGUCUUCUUUGGAGGUGGAACGCCAAGUUUAGCCAAGCCACAAACCCUACAGGCUGUCCUAGAUACUGUAGCUGGUGUGGUUGACUUGCCAUCAAAUGCUGAAGUCACCAUGGAAGGAAACCCAACAUCUGUGGGUCGUUAUAAACUCAGAGAUUUCAAACAUGCAGGCAUCAACCGUGUUUCACUUGGCAUACAGGCUUUGAAUGACGAUGAUCUUAAUGUUCUUGGUAGAGAUCACUCUACGACCGAGUCCAUGCACAGCAUCAAAGAAGCACAGAAACUCUUCCCUGGACGUGUGUCCUUAGACCUUAUCUUUGGCCGACCAGGACAGACUUUGCCCUCUUGGGAACAAGAACUGCAACAGGUCUUGACACUCUGUGACAAUCAUGUAUCCCUGUAUCAGCUAACACUUGAAAGAGGAACAGAAUUGUUUAAGAUGCAUGCAAAGGGUGAAGUGGCUUUACCUGCUGACGACGAUGUUGCUGAUAUGUACAUCAUGGCAGUUGAUAUGAUGGAGGAGCAAGGACUAAGGAGAUAUGAGGUUUCCAACUUUGCCAGGGAAGGAUCUGAGUGCCUUCAUAACCAGGCCUAUUGGGAGGGUGGACAGUAUAUUGGUAUAGGUCCUGGAGCUCAUGGGCGAUUCAUGCUACAAAAGGCUACAAGCAGAAGUGGAAAAUCCGAAGUCAAACAAGGCAAUUUCGAGACACUCCGUGAGGCUAGGAUUCAAACGCUAGAGCCAGGACCUUGGAUGUUUGAGGUUCUCAAGUAUGGGCAUGGCACAAGGAAGCGUGUCUGUCAAACACAACUUGAUGUCUUACAAGAGUUACUCCUGGUAGGUAUGCGAACUAGUCGAGGUGUGACCAGCAAACGAUGGGCGGAGUUAUCAGGAGGGUGUCUGAGUGAAGUAUUCUGUGAUGAUAACGUACAGAGACUUGUCCAAGAUGGGCUUAUUGUGAAGGAUAGGACAGGGUUACGAGCCACACCCCAUGGCAUGGUAUUGCUUGAUUCUAUAAUUCCACAUCUGAUUCUUACACUACAAGAGUGGUAUACAGGCUUCUUAAAUUUGGAUUAGUUAUUCUUUGGAAUGGUAACA